AUUCAUAUCAAUGAUAUAGUUUUCUAGAGAAAAAUCAGAAAAGCAAAGUGAAAAGAAAAGAAGAAAAAUAUGUUACAAGCUUUAACUGGACUUCAAUUUCACCUGAAAGGACAAUUAGAAAAGGAGAGGAGGCUUCAAAUUAGCUAGGAAGCCAGGGCCCAGCACACACAGUUUCAUAUGAAUAUUCAUACAAACCAAUGUUUCAGAGACUUUUCCCAGUAAGACCAGAAAUUUCUUCAAGUCAAUUACCAUCUUUUUCCAAGGUCCCAGCACACCUGGAAAGUCCUGCAAGGACUCAGCUACAGAAAGUUCAGAGACAGCAAGUAAAACCCUUCAUGACCCUUGACCAUCAGAUAGUCAAUCAGACUCUUAAACGGUCACAGCCUCCGACACCAAGCAGUACAUUUCUGGUACAGCAUGGACACCCGUCUCCUGAGAGUGAUGCUGGCCUCACUGGAAAUCCACUCACCAAGUUGCUAACUGUUGGGAAAGAAGAUGACAAUGUGGAAUGGCAUAUGGAGGACGUUGUUGAGGAUAUAAUCAGUAUGAAAUCAAGUUUUAAAGAGAAAGGAGCAGACUCUUCUCUGCUAAUGCAAAGAACACUAUCUGGAAGUAUUUUGGACGUGUAUAGUGGUGAGCAGAGAAUUUCAUCAGCUAACAUGGGACUUACAAGUGCUUCCUGUCCAAGCAGUCUACCAAUGAAAAGAGAAAUUACAGAAACUGAUACUCGAGCUUUGGCAAAAGAGAGACAAAAAAAGGACAACCACAACCUCAUUGAAAGAAGAAGAAGGUAUAAUAUUAAUUACCGAAUCAAGGAGCUUGGCACUCUUAUUCCAAAGUCUAAUGAUCCUGAUAUGCGCUGGAACAAAGGAACCAUUCUAAAAGCAUCAGUGGAGUACAUCAAGUGGCUACAAAAAGAACAACAGAGAGCUCGAGAAUUAGAACACAGACAGAAGAAAUUAGAACAGGCUAACAGGCGGCUUCUACUCCGGAUUCAGGAACUAGAAAUACAGGCUCGUGCUCAUGGUCUGCCAACCCUGGCUUCACUUGGCACAGUUGAUUUAGGUGCUCAUGUCACCAAACAACAGACCCAUCUUGAGCAGAAUUCAGUAGACUAUUGCCAACAAUUGACUCUGUCUCAGGGGACAAGCCCUGAGCUCUGUGAUCAAGCUAUGGCCUUCUCUGAUCCUUUGUCACACUUCACAGAUUUAUCAUUUAGUGCGGCUCUGAAAGAAGAACAAAGAUUGGAUGACAUGCUACUGGAUGACACAAUAUCUCCGUUUGGAACAGAUCCUCUGCUGUCUGCCACUUCCCCUGCAGUUUCCAAAGAGAGCAGUAGGAGAAGUAGUUUUAGCUCAGUUGAUGGUGAUGAGUUAUAAAAAUUAAACAGUCUCAAUUCAUCAACUGGGAAGCAAUUCUAUGCUGGUGCUAUGCAAUUAAGUUCUGUGUUUCAUAUAUUGCUUUGGCUUAUUUUUUCUGAAAGGAAUAUAUUGUUCAUGAAAACUGAUUGAUUAGAAAUAACAGAAGAAUUCACAAGAAGAAGAAAUAUGGUAUUGAAGAAUUAUGGAGCGCUAAAAAAGAUUUAUCUUCUCUUUGACUACCGAGUCCAAAUCUUCUUAAAUUUUCUUCUCUUGGAAAGAGGCACAACAGAAGAAACAGGUCUCUACUGGUAUUUUAAAAGUAGUGACUUGGUGAUGUGCUAUUGAAACUAAACAGACUGCAGAGUAUAAACCUGAAACAUACAAAUGUUUUUCUACUUAUUUACUUCCAUCACCUUCCUACUCAACUCUGAUAACAGUAGUUUUCAAGAAUCAAGAUCAACAGGUCUGGUGGUUCAUUGCCUUUCUCCAUUGUCUGGUAGACAUGUCUGAAGUUCAAGCAUUAUAGAGAAAAUAAUUAAAAGAUGGAUUAUCUGCCACUUCCAAUUAAAAAGUGAAUCUACAAUAAACAUUAGAAUUUUCCACAAUAAAAUACAGAAAAUUUACAAAAAAUCUUGGAUUCUAAAAUUACACCAUAAUUCCCUUUGUCAGUUCAAUCACACUAAUUCUCAAAGCAUUUUUGCAUAUUUAUGGAGACAUGCUCAGUUCAGAAAAGGAACACAUUGAAUACUUUCCUCAAGAAUAUUGACUAGAAUUUUAUUGCUUCACACAAACAUACCCCCACACACAGGUACACAAUGCAGGUAGCAUGUGCCCUUUUCCCCCUUUUAUUCUUCUGAUUUUCUAGUCAGCAUCUGAAAUCAUGUUCCAAAUCUUUUUUUCUUCAUCAAUAAGAUAUUGGGUAAUCAGUUUCAGCAAAUAAAAUAUCAAAAGUCCCCCUUACUAGGACAAUUUGUCAAUUUGUUAAAUAAAACUAAUCACUGUAGCCAAAAUUGGGUCUAAAUUAGUUAUUUGAUACAGUUUUGCUCCAAAAUGACAAAAUAUUGAAAAUUGGAUUGCCAACUGGCAAAAUAAUUAGUAAAACAGAAGAUCGUUCUUAUUACAUUCAGCUCGAGUGGAGGAUAAAGUUCUAUUCCUGUAAGUACUUAGAGUACCCUGUGAUCUUUGAGCUUUGUUAGCAUUUAUUAAGAAUAUUUAAAUCUAUGCUGCUUUACUUAGAUUUUUCUCCCUUGAGCUUCUUUUAAGCAUUAGGUGGUGACUGACCAAUCAUGUUGCUCUGUGCUGGACCUGUGUGAAUGAUCAUCUAAUUAAUGAGUAUUUAUGGAGGGAUACUCAAAACUGCAGUGGGUUCUGUGAAAAUGUAGAGCAGAUGAGCAAGAUCUUACUCCUUGGGAAGUUAACAAAACUACCUGAGAAAUAACAACAAAAGAUAGAAAACAUUUAAAAUUAAAGUCUACAUAGUGCAGCGUAAGCUACAAACACAGAAGGUCAGAGAAAAUGAAGAUGAAUGAAGGUUGGAGAAUCACCAAAGUCUGUGGGAACAAUACAAAUUAACUCCUUUUAAAAGCAUAAUUUGAUGAAUGAGAAAUUAUUUAGGGGAAUAACAUCAACCAAAUUAUGGAAGUGAAAACAAGUUGGGAAAGUGUCUUCAUGAGAUAUUCAUUUAGAGAGUUCUGGCCACCCUAGAAGAUGCCUGUUGGGAGUCCUGGAAAAUAUUAAGUUGUGGAAGCCCUUGAAAACCAAGAUGAAAUGAUGUAGUAGAAAUAGAUUUUUUUUUAACUAGGAGGGAGAAGCUUAAAAAUUAAAAUGCUACUGCUAUGUUACCAAUGCAAUUGAGAUGUAAUCUUUCAUGAAUGUUAACUUUGGAAUAAGUUUUUGAAAGGGCGCUUCAGGUAUUACAGGAAAAAUACGUCAUCACAAACUUUGAGACUUUAAUGCUAAUGAAAGUGGGAAAAUAUUAAAUUCUUAUGAUAUAUUAAUUAUCUCAGGCUUAGCUUACAGCAUUAGCUCAGAACUUGGAGAAUAAAAAUAAUUUUCAUUGUUUGACAUGGAAAAAUUUCUUAAUUUAUAAGAAUAGCCUGAAAACAGAUAGGUAAAUUCAUCUUAAAUAGGCCAUGUUAAAGAGAGCAAUAAGAUACACUCCCUCAAGAAUUUUCAAGAGAGCAUUAUUAACUUUACAACAAAAUUCCAUUCUAUUGUCUGUUGAUAUUUAAUAGUGCAAACGAUAAAGAAGGAAUAUAUUUGGGGGUCAAUGGAAAACACAUCAUUCUAGGUAGACCGUAAAUUCUGUUCUCAUUUUAUACAUUGUUCUAAUUUCUUUGUAUUCUGAGAAAACUUACACUGACAAUAUCAUUACUCUGUCAUCAUUUCCCAUUCUGCCAAAGUACUACCACCCAGACUUGAAAGACAUUUCUUAUAAUCUUAGCUAGUAAAGGGCUUGACACUGGAUGAUAGAGUAUGGACAAAAGAGAUCUGGAAAUGGUAUUAAUAUUUGCUGCUACUUUCAGAUUAUAAUAACUAUCAGAGGAUUGUAAAAUGGAUUUUUAAUUUUAAAAUUUUAAAGACAGUAAAUAGUAAAGGUGUUGUCACAGUCAACUGAAGUAAAUUCAAAAAUUAAUUUUAGUCAGUAGUUCUUAACGUUUUAAGGCUUUGAGAAUCUAGUGAAAGUUAUGGACCCUCUCCACAGAAAAAAUACAGAAUUGUAUAUACAGCCCCAAAUUUGUAUGCAUUAAGAGGCGUGAAGGACCUCCUAAAUGUCUCCCUGGAUCCCAGAUGAAGAAUUCCAGCAUCAGGUCUGUUGCUUAAUAAAUAGCACUGUAGCUACGUUAUCUAUCAAGAGCUAAGUGCACACUUAAUGUCAUAUAUAAUGAUGGAGGAAGAAGCCCUAGUUACCUGAAUAUCAUUAUCCCAACCCAAACAGUGAUAAAGUUGCAUAGGUAAGUGAAAGUGUACCAAACACUAGGCUAUUCACUAAGAAAGUUGUUCACUUAUAAUUGUCCCCUUUAUAAUAUCCCUGUUAUAUAUACACCUUCUGUGAUAUACUUAUGUUAUAUAUUUAUGGAUCAGUUUCUCUACUGGAUGUUGUUUCCUUAUUGAAUGUUGUAAAUAUCUGGCAAUAGCAUUUUUAAAUGAUAUAUACAAAAAUCAAAGCAAAAAUAAUGUAAAUUCCUCAUGCAAAUUAUUUGAAUAUCUAAGGACCGAGAGAGAUCCUUGGGAAAAUUGAUGGAUGCCUAGAAUAUUUUUGCAGAAAUUAGACUUAAACAGGAAAAGAAGCAUAUUGUUUACAAAAUAAUUUUGUCUUGAAGAGCUUCAGCUAUCACUGGAAUAUGAACACACAAGUAACGAUGCCUUGUUCAUUCAAAGAAUUAAUGCAUAAUUGCAAUCAUAAUAAAAACUUUGUAAAAAUGAGAUAAAACAAUUUUAUUUUUAUUAUUUUUUAGCUAUCUUUUUAAGAUAAGGUCCCAUCCAAAUUUUUUCCUCUAUUUGUUAUUAAAAUAUUGACUUCGUUUUGUGGAUUCACAUUAAGCAAACUUUCCAACACCCAGUUAUCUUAAAAUAACAAAGUCAUCUUAUUAGUAGAUGUAGCUCUUCAUGUUUUUUCCUUUUUAGUGUCCUUUCUUCUCAAAUUUCUCCCAUAACUGGAGAAUAUAUAUUCGAACCAUAUUGCUUCAGUUUACACAUGUGGUGUCAGUGACUACAGAUUUCUUUAUAUGGGUAUAAAACUCUAAAUAAUAAAUAGAUGAGCUAAGGACAUUGAGAAAUAGACUUCUUCCUCCUUUUUUAACUCACUCUUUUCCAUUCACGUGACUGUAAAUAAAAUAUUUAAUAGCUCUUACUUUUAAAAAAUUAGACACAAUCAGUUUCUUGACUUGAUAUGCUCAUUUGCCUUUAUGUCAGGGCAGAAGUUAGAUUUCACAAGGUAAAAAAGAAUGUUUUUUCUUUGUUUUGGUAGAUUGUCAUAUUUGAAUUUUCUUAUCCUUCAAGGUAUAAUGAAAAUAUUUUUUUGCUGUUCUGAUACUGUGGAAUUUUGAUAUUUAAAUAAAUAAAUGACAUAACUAAAUGUUUCAAUGUUUUUAUAAUAUCUCUAGGCUGAUAUUUAUCAACCUUAUAAUAUCUAAAAUGUAGAUGAAAACUGGAAUCAGUUAAUCAUUUUGCCGUGUUAUCAGCACUAGAUCAACCAUCUGGGUUUCUUGAAAAUACCUGAAGGAUUGAAUUUUGCUUCAGUAUUGAUAAUGGCCCAGCCUGUAUCUGCUACAUGGAAUUACAUCAUUUGCCCUUCCAGUGCCCUGCUUGUUGAUGAGUACAAGAUGUCAGUUUGAGUUAGUGUAAGUUACAUAUACAGAGAUUUCAUUACAUUUACUUAAUAAAUACUUAACACAUUUAGAGUGUUGCUGAUCUAAUGUGUCUUAGACCUUCCUGUAAUCAUUAUUCAUUGUAUACACCAAUAUUUUAUCAUUUGUAUGAUUUCUAAUUUGUAAACAAAGUAUUCAAUAUCUGAUAAAAAUAGUUUCCUUUAAAAUUUACUGUGCUACAUUUCUUUUUUCUGUGAGAGUCAUAGAGAAUUUGAGGAUAUUGGAGUUUAUCAGAAAACAGUUACUUUGAUUAAAAAAACUCCCACGGGAUUCAACCAAUUUAAUGAUGAAAUACUGCUAUCUGUUUCUUAAUACAUAAAAGGGAACUUUUAAUGUUUUUCCUGUAAAGGGAUUUGUGUAUAUAUUUCUACAUAUCCAAAUGUUUUCUAUUGUAUUUUCUAAUGAUGAAAUCUUCAGUAAACAAUCUGUUUCCUCCAUUUAUCCAACAGGCUUCAAGAAUAAAGUUAAAGACUUUUUGUGUUUUCAAUUCUACCCCUCCAAUUCCUGCACUACCAUUUUAUUUCAGAAAUUCUGUACUUACAACUUUGCUUUUUCCACAGAAAUAAAUUUUACUUGUACGUUAUUCCAAGCUGGUGGUUAUGUAUAACAAACAAAAUAGAAAAUAUGCAAAAUAUGCUGAAAGAAUUAUAUGCAGUCAGGAAGUUACAUAUUAUAUUAUUCUUUAUCAUGGCUACUGAAGUUUAAAAGCUAACCAAAUUUAAGGAUCUUAUCUAAUAGCAUUGCAGUUGCUUAUGGCAUACAAGGCUAAAAUUAAUUCAGCCAUUUAAUCUUAAUAAUAACAAUGUAGUUAAAAAUCUUUGACUUUAAUAGCAUUUUAUAUAUAUGAAUAGUUGAAAUAAUAUUCCUAUAAUUUUAAUCUAACAUUGGUUAGAUCAAGAAAACAUUGUUAGCAUAAUAAGACUGUAGAAUUUAUAACUAUUGCUAUUUUUCAUUUUUAGUAACAAAGUAAUGUGUCUUAUUUUCUAAGAAUAUAGAAAGCACUGGUGUUCUCUAAUGCAUAUAUGAAUCUUUGUACACUUGCUUUUUAAAAUGUACCAAUAUUUCUUUGCAUAUAUAUAAAAUGAAAGCACAGAAUUAUUAAAUGCUUUAAUAUACUUUUUGUUCUGCCUUUGUAUAUAGACUGCUCUGGAAAAUACAGAAUGUGUUUUAGUCAUCUAAGAGGAUACUUAACAGCCUCAAGAUUUCACAGCUGACAACUGCUUACUUUAUAGUCCAUGCUGAAAACAGUGAUCCAGUAUUUCCUUAUUAAUGAAAGUAAUUGUUAGAUUUUAAAAUAUAGUCUCCUGCCAUCUGCUUCUUCAUGCUGUUAUGGUUUUGAUUUAUGGAAAAUAUUUAUCAAAAUGUUGCAAAAUCGCUAACAGGCAUAAUUGUAGCAAUGAAAUCACUAAGAAGCUCUGCAAAACCUUUUAAUAUACUAGAUAGUCCCCAGACAAUCUAGGAUAAAUAGAAUGCUGUAUUUUAAUAUGUAAAACAUUUUAAAUCUGCUAAUUGGUAUUGACUAGACCUAUCCCUUGAUAAUGAAAUUAAUAAGAAUUUCAGCUAAAUGUUAAGACUUUCUAAUAU